AUGCUGUGGAGGGACGAGGCGAACAGGAAUUGGCUAGCUGUGCGGCUUAUGGAAUGCCAUUCUAUCCAUUCCCUGUUCCACACCCUUGACCUUAGCUUCCACAACAGCGAGGAAUGGGGAACACAUAGGACGUAUUGCAACAGCAAAGUUCCAUCCGACCACAUAAAGCUUUGCCUGGAGGACCGAGAAGCGUCUGUUACCUGGAGGCAGCGAAAGCUGUUGGAACUGCUCAAUGACCAUCUCGACCUGGGACGCCGGGGCCGCGUUCUCCGCUGGACGCUGGCGAACACCGAUGACCGCUACUCCGAUCGGGAUGACAUUCGGAACUCUCGUGACGGCUUCAAUCAUGGAACAUAUGAUCUCUGGGGAGCGUUUACAUGCUUUACUAGGAUUACUACGAUUGAUCUCGCCUUCAUGACUGCACGCGGCGAAUUUGAUCCUCCACCUCCAUCGCUCUUCAGCACUGCAACCUCCGUCAGUCUAAGUGGCAUUGCAUCGAUUACGGUGAUCUCCACGAUCCUUAACUCUAUCGACCCGUCGAAGCUCCGUCACCUCCGCUUCAACAACCUCCAAACAUUCCAAGACCCACCUCAGAAUUUAGGCAUCUUAAGCGACAGCGAAAUUGCAUCUCACCGACGCCAUCGCCACGGAGUAGCUCAAGGCUUCCUCGCCGACUUGACGGGACGCUGCACAGUUCUCAGAAGCUUCCAUCUGCUAACUACAGCCGAGCUCGUCGAGGGCUCGACUAUUUGGUUUAUGCGACGCUCGAGAUCCUGGCUAGAUGAUGUAGCGGACGAUAACCGUUGGUACGCAGAAAUCGGCGCCUUCAUCGAUUCCGUUAAACCUACCCUGCGCGAGCUGCUUUUCGAGCACGGGCCAGACAUUGAUUACGCGCCCUACAGACAGUGCCAUCCCGUCUUUGCUGGGCCGAGUCACGAUGCGCGUCUGCCGAUGGAUAUAUAUUUCGACAGUCAUAUCCUACCGGUGCUGGUAUCCAGGCCGUGGCCGAGCUUGCGAAGGAUGACUGUGAAGGGGAUGGGGCACUGGAAGCCGAUUGAUCCCUGGAAGGAGGACGCGACGCCGGAUGAGAUAAGAUGGCUUCAUAAGAAAACCAGAGAGUUCCGGGACAAGGUUGUGAUGCUAUGGGAUGCGGUUGGAGAGGGUUGUGAGGUGGUUGUUGAGGAUGAGGCUAGUCGGCCGUUCUACAGGUUUCAGUCGGAUAGGACCGUGAGCGGCAGGGCGCAUAAUGAUGAUUGACAUGCCAUACGUGCUAUUGGAGUAUUACCAUCAUUGGCCCCAGGGAAGAACGGCUCGUCCAUACAAGUACCCUCCAUCAGCUACAGAGCAUCACACAAUCUGCAUAUCUACAAUCUAGCGAAAGUUUCGCACUUUAC